CAAUACUAGUGUUAUUACGGGUAACAAACGAGAUUGGAGUGAAAUGUGGCAUUUUUUUGACAAAGUUGUAUGGAAAAAAAAACAAAAAUUUGCUAAAUGUAAAGUUUCAAGGUGCCCGCAUGAGGAAUUUUCUUGUGGAGAUGGAGGCUCAACCAGCACCAGAUGGUGUCAUUUAGAAAAUGCAUAUUGA